UCAAUCACCUGUCAUUUUUCAGCAGAAUAAUUUUAUGCUCAGAAAAGAUUAUCAAGCCGUCGAUCAUGCCUGCUACGGCGACCGCGAAAUCAUUUAGUUGCCUCAAUUGUAGCCUCCAGUUCACCAAGAAAAAGUUAGCCUUCGAGCAUAAUUGGAAGGAGCACCCAAAAUGUAUGCAAUAUAAAGAAAGAUAUCUUGGUCUGGCAGAAUUACAAAAUCAUCGACAAAUUACAGAACACUGCUAUUGUUGCGAGUAUAAUAUUUAUUUCCCAAAUCUUAGAAAGCACCUCACGUAUGCACGAAGUACCAUACAUACGACUCCAUAUUACUGCUGUGAUUGCGAUCGAGAGUAUACCAACUAGGAAACCUUGAGCUACCAUUGCUGCGAAUACGAUGAAGCGUUUCGAGAGCAAAAGUUCUUGCAGAAACAUCUCUCUGGGAAGAAGUAUAAUUACAAAGUCGAAGUUCUAAUGUCGAAGAGCUCUUACAAUCUCCCACACAAGUGCAACAAGUACAAUGAAACAUUCCAUCUCAAAAAACAAUUAGGAAAGUAUAUAUCAAGCCAUUGUACCAUUCCUUGCCCAACCAAUGGAAAAUACAACAAGAAGUUCACGAUGCCAUCUGCCCUCCUGAAUUAUCUUGAAAGCGGUUGUUGUAGAUCGGGAAUGACUCGAGCCAAGAUGCACCUACUCAUUUCCAUUUACAAUCCUAAUCGUUAUAUUACAUCAAUUGAGGUAAUCAAAUCGAUUUACUCUUCUGAACAUAUAUCUGCUAAUCAAACUUCACAUCUCACAGAUUUGGUCAAGCCUUCAUCCGAAAAUCCAUUUGAAAACCAAUUCACACCACUUCCUCUAGUUUCUGAUGACAAUGAUAGCUUUAACAAGUGGUCCGCUAUUGGCUGCGGACCAUUAACACCUACUACUAACGAUAGCGACUGGUCAAUCAUCAGUGAAGCUAUCUUAACUCCUACCCAUAGUAAUAAUGCCAGUGAAUGGUUGUUCAUGAGCAAAGAUCAUAUAUCGUCGAGUGCGUUUCCGGUUGAUACAAAUCGUGAUGCUAGUUCACAUUUAAGCACCAUUUCUCAAGAACAACAUUGUCAACUCUAUGGGCCCAACCGAAAAUCAUUCCGCAGUGUAAGAGCCUACCAAGCGCAUGUAAAUUCAGCAGCUCAUGCUCCAAAGAUCUUCCAUUGCCCCUUGUCACUCAUUCCAAAGGUCAAAGCACUAGAUCUAUCAAAAACUAGGAGUUUCUCAACUUUAGAUGGAUUGACUCAACAUCUAAAGAGUGGGAAGUGUAAAGGCAGGUUUGAGAUAUAUUGUAAAGCGAUUACCUUUGUAGAGGAGCAGUUGAAGCUUCUCGGAUUUAGUGGUUUUAAGCUAUUACCGAAUUAA